AAAAAAUCAUUCCAAAAGAAUUAUAUCUUCAGAAACCCUAGCUAGCACCAAAUUUUAUUCUCUAUCUAUCCUCAUACAGUCAUACUCUAUCUCUCCUUCUUCCCUACAGGGUUUUGAUUAGGGUUUGAGAUUCACCGCAGUAGCUUUCUUCUGAACAAGUCAAACAUGGUGGAAGGUAUGUCGAUGACAGACAUUGAAGCUUUUGGAAAUAGACUUGGAAUUGAUAUUAGACAAGUUGAUCUAGAUUCGAUUCAGUUACCACCUGGUGAAGAUUUUGGUAUUCCAAGCGACGAUGAAGAAAAACUCCGCCAGGAAGAUAGUUUAGAGUUUGAAUCAGGAUUUGGUAAUAUAAUGGUUGUUGAUAAUCUUCCAGUAGUUCCUCCUGAGAAAUAUGAUAAGUUGGAAGGCGUUGUUAAAAAGAUUUACAGUCAGAUUGGUGUUAUUAAGGAAGAUGGGUUAUGGAUGCCUGUUAAUCCUGAAACACAGAAAACUCUAGGUUAUUGUCACAUCGAAUAUAAUACUCCUCAGGAAGCUGAGCUUGCCAAGGAGAGGACUCAUGGCUACAAAUUGGACAAAGCCCAUAUAUUUGCAGUCAACUUAUUUGAUGAUUUCGACAAAUUCAUGAAAGUUCCCGAUGAAUGGGCUCCACCUGAAAUUAAGCCAUAUGCACCCGGGGAAAAUCUACAACAAUGGUUGACUGAUGAAAAAGCACGUGAUCAGUUUGUUAUACGUGCACAUCAUGAUACUGAAGUCUUUUGGAACGAUCCCAGGCAAUCCAUGCCCGUUCCAGUUUAUCGCCGUCAAUACUGGACUGAGAGUUUUGUUCAGUGGUCUCCACUUGGGACAUACUUAGCCACUGUUCACCGACAAGGUGCUGCAGUGUGGGGUGGUGCGGCCACCUUUGAUCGCCUUUCACGAUAUGCCCAUCCACAGGUUAAGCUCAUAGAUUUCUCUCCCGGGGAAAAAUAUUUGGUUACAUAUAGCAGUCAUGAACCUAGCAACCCUCGUGAUACGCAUAGGGUUAUCUUGAACAUUUUUGAUGUACGAUCCGGUAAAGUAAUGCGAGAUUUCAAGGGAAGCGCUGAUGAGUUUGCAACUGGUGGAACCGGUGGUGUAUCGGGAGUCUCAUGGCCCGUUUUUAGAUGGGGUGGUGGAACAGACGAUAAGUAUUUUGCCAAACUUGGAAAGAAUGUCAUCUCUGUAUAUGAGACAGAGACUUUCACUCUUAUUGAUAAGAAGUCUUUGAAGGUUGAAAAUGUGCUCGACUUCAGCUGGUCACCUGCUGAUCCCAUCAUUGCUCUCUUUGUUCCUGAACUAGGUGGAGGCAACCAACCCGCUAGAGUGAGUCUUUUUCAAAUUCCCGGUAAAGAGGAACUCAGGCAGAAGAAUCUCUUCAGUGUCAGUGAUUGCAAAAUGUACUGGCAAAGCAAUGGAGAAUACCUUGCAGUUAAGGUUGACAGGUAUACCAAAACCAAGAAAAGUACGUAUACUGGUUUUGAGCUUUUCCGAAUCAAAGAAAGAGACAUUCCUAUUGAGGUUCUCGAGCUGGAGAACAAAAAUGAUAAGAUCAUGGCUUUUGCUUGGGAGCCUAAAGGACAUAGAUUUGCUGUUAUCCAUGGAGAAUCUUCCAGGACAGAUAUUAGCUUUUACUCGAUGCGAACUGCUACAAAUACUGGGCGUGUCUCAAAGCUCACAACGCUAAAAGGAAAGAAUGCAAAUGCGCUAUAUUGGUCACCUUCUGGCCGUUUCAUACUUCUUGCUGGGUUGAAACAUCUCAAUGGACAGUUGGAAUUCUACAAUGUUGAUGAGCUUGAAACCAUGGCCACUGGGGAACAUUUUAUGGCAACAGAAAUCGAAUGGGAUCCCACUGGAAGAUAUGUCGCAACUGCUGUUACUUCCAUUCAUGAAAUGGAAAACGGGUUCAACAUCUGGUCUUUCAAUGGAAAGCUACUGUACAGGCACUCAAGGGAUCAUUUCUAUCAGUUUUUGUGGCGCCCAAGGCCACCAUCUUUGUUGACUGCUGAAAAAGAAGAAGAAAUUGCUAAGAAUCUCAAGAAAUACAGCAAGAAAUAUGAGAUUGAGGACCAAGAUGUCAGUGCUCAAUUGAGCGAGCAGGACAGAGAAAAACGAAGGAAGCUGCAAGAAUCAUGGGAAUCUUGGAUCAUGAAAUGGAAACAAAUUCAUGAAGAGGAGAAGUUAGAGAGGCAGCACUUAAGAGAUGGUGAGGCUAGUGAUGAUGAGGAAGAAUAUGAAGCCAAAGAAGUCGAGGUCGAGGAAAUUUUGGAUGUUAAAGAAGAGAUUAUUCCAUACGAGUUUGACCAAGAGUAGAGUUGAAAUUCUUCUGGAAGUUUCUACGAUUUACACCAGCGUUCAAAGGCCUUCUGGAAGUUUCUACGAUUUACACCAGCGUUCAAAGGCUAAAACAGGAGAGCUCGUUAGGAAUUGCGGGUUGUAGUCGGUGCCCUCGUGUGGGACCACGUUAAAGUGUUGUCUCUAUGUUUUUUCUGGAUAUGAUAUUUCUUUAUCAAACUGAAGAUUUUGUUGGACUAAAUAGAUUUUGUUCAACUUUUGUAUCUGAAAUCUUGCAUUGCUUGAUUUUGAUUUUCAUUACUUAGUUUUGAACCCCCAAUUUUGAGG